UUUCUUUUUUUCUUUUUUUUUUUUUUUUUUUUCCGGAGCUGGGGACCGAACCCAGGGCCUUGCGCUUGCUAGGCAAGCGCUCUACCACUGAGCUAAAUCCCCAACCCCGUAAUUUUUUAAAAGGAGAAUCUGAUACUCCAUACUGAGAGGAAACAAUGUUUCCCUGGGGUCACCAUGCAUAAGACGAUGCAGCUAUGGCCCAAGGGGGCUGGGCUACAUCUGUUGUCCAAGUGUUACUGGUUUUUAAUGCCUUCAGGCAUAAAAGCUGCAAGAUUUGGGGGUGGGCCAUGGAGGCUCUGGCAAGAGGCCCCAAGAAGCUAUUGUGUGAAGCCAUGAAGUUAAAGCCUAAAGCUACAUUGGUAACCCCAGAAUAUCGGUAACCCCAGGACCAUUGGACCAUGCGCUGAGAAGAUUUACAUGCGAUAGUACUAAUUAAUUAGAUUCUGCGUGUGCCAAGGGCAGAGGAGAUGGAGGUGCCAGGCGACAGAAGCCUUUUCAGAGCCCAGGUGUUUAUACUACAAGGCCCAUAUCCAGGACCCAGAACCUUAGAACUUAGUGUCUGCCGUACAGACUCGGGCUCUGCUGUGGUGUGAGGAGCAGGGGUGUGUACUCUGUGCCAUUGCAGUGUUGGAAGGAUGCGACUUGCGGUUUAUUUUAUAGGAACUCAGGAGACUUUGGACUUUUAAAGUGUGAAUCCUGUUAGGCAUUAUGGUAUUAAACGAUUGAACUUUAAAACUUUGCCUGGUGUAUUUUGUAUUAGAAGGUGACCAUGAACUUAUGGGGACAAAGGGACAAAGGGACUAUAGUUUAAAGUGAUACAUUAGUGUGUUCAGAUUGAUAAGGGGUGGAGUUAGGAUGGUUAGCUUGGUUUUUUUUUUUAAGAUGUAUUUAUUUUGUAUAUGAGUACACUGUAGCUGUGUUCAGACACACCAGAAGAGGGCAUCAGAUCCCAUUACAGAUGGUUGUGAGCCGCCAUGUGGUUGCUGGGAAUUGAACUCAGGACCUCUGGAAGAGCAGUCAGUGCUCUUAACCAUUGAGCCAUUUCUCCAGCCCAGGACGGUUAGUUUUAAUCAUCAAUUUGACACCACCCAGCAUCAUCUGAGAGAAAGGCCAGAGAGUGCCUGUUAAAGAUUUCUUUUUUUUUUUAAUUUUUAUUGCAUAUUUUUUAUUUACAUUUCAAUAUUUUAUUUAUUUAUUAUAUAUGAGUACACUGUAGCUGCCUUCAGACACACCAGAAGAGGGCAUCAGAUAUCAUUACAGAUGGUUGUGAGCCACCAUGUGGUUGCUGGGAUUUGAACUCAGGACCUCUGGAAGAGCAGUCGGUGCUCUUAACCACUGAGCCAUCUCUCCAGCCCGAUUUCUUUCUUUUUAAAGACAGGGUCUCACUGUGUAGUUCUAGUUGGCCUGACACUCACAUGCAGAUCAGGUCGGCCUUAAACUUUCAAACCUCUGCCUUCCAGGUGCUGGAAUUAAAGGUCUGCAUGACCAGACCUGGCCGUGAGAGAUUUCUUAACUACAUUAAUUGGGAAGACCUUCUCAGUGGGUGGUUCCGUUCUCUGGGCUUGGGAACCUUGGGGGCAGCAUGCGUUCAUUUACUGCUUUCUGCUUCCGGAAAUAGAUUUGCUGUGACCAGUGAUUUCAAGUUCCUGCUACAGUGACUUCACACCUCUGUGGACGGUGGACUGAAACAAACCCUUCCUCCUUAGCUUGUUUUUUAUUCCGGUUUCUGGUGUUGUUGCUUUGUUUGUUUUUGUUUUGUCUCGGUUUGGUUUUUUGAGACAGGGUUUCUCUGUGUACCUGUGGCUAUCCUGAAACUCUCUCUGUAGACUGGGCUGGCCUCAAACUCGGAGACUCAGCUGCUUUUUGUCAUCCUGAGCACUGGGAUUAAAGGUAAAGGCAUGUGUUAUCCCUCCCUGGCCUGUCAAGAUGUUUAAUCCCAGAAACACAGAGAGAAGCUAAGACACUUGUUUUUUUAAUUGUUCUGACAGGGACUGCUGUACAGUUCUGGCUAGCUGGGAGCUCACUGUAUAGGGUAGGCUGGCCUUAGACUCUCGGAAUCCUCUUCCUUCAGCCUUCCAAGUAUGUAGGCCACAGGCAUGUGCCACCACACCCUCACAGAAUUUUAUUUGUUUCUUAGGUUGUAAAAUGUAACACCUUGCCUCUACUGGUCACUGGGAAAGUUCAGUUAGAUGAGGAUGCAAGUCACUGGCUGUGAUGGGGGUUCAGCAGUCCCCACUACGACCCACUGAACACACUCACUCGUCUCAUGAUACCUAGACCUGCCCACAUGCUAGUCUGGGGGGGGGCCGGCAGCCCCUCUGCAGUCUGUUCCUCAGAUCUGCAUCUCUCCUCAGCUGCAUAGAUUUUGGAGGCUCUGGUUUUCCUCAAGAGGAGACAAGGGAACAGAAAGCAGGAGGAAGGAAACUGUGAGAGGGACUGAGCAUGCUGGGAAGCUGGAGGAAUGAAUGUCAGGGGCAUGAGGGACAGCAUGGAGACAGUGGGAAGAACGGAUUAUAUGUUUAAGUGGAAUACUCACCAAGGGGUGGUUAAACCCAACACAUUGCCUGCCGGUUUUGAUCAGCAUCUAGAGUAUGAUGGUGUUUUGUGAAAGACUAACAGGUCGUGAGUGUUGCCAAUGUGUAAACAAUGGCCUCAGUGGGCAGAGGCAGCUAGAUCUCUGAGUUCGAGGCCGGCAUGGACUACAAAUCAAGUUCCAGGGCAGGCAGGGCUACUCAGGGACCAAACAAACAAACAAGCAAAAAACCAAAAGAAAGAGACUUUGUCUCAAACAAACAUCCCAACAAAUCAAAACACAACCCAAACCAGAAAACAGAUGACUGAUUCCUGAGAAGCCACACACAUGCUUGCUGUGCCCCCUCUUCUUCCUUUUCUGAACUCAUUCCUUCCUAUUAACUUCAUGUAAAUCUAUGCUAAGAUUCUUAGGCUGUGAGGUUGGAGAGCUGCUCAGUGGUUUAGAGCAUUUAUUGUAACUGCUCUUGUUCCAGCUCUAACAGAGAACUCAGUUUGGCUCCUGGUACCCAGACUCACAACUGUCUAUAACUCCAGUUCCAUGGGCUCUGACACCCCCUUCUGACUCUCACAGGCACCAGGCACACAUGUGGUGUGCACACAUGUAGGCAAAAUACUCAUAUAUGUAAAAUAAAGUAAUACAUCUAAACUUUCUUGUUUUUUUUUUUUUGUUUGUUUGUUUUUUGAGACAGGGUUUCUUUGUGUAGUCCUGGCUGUCCUGGAACUCACUCUGUAGAUUAGGCUGACUUCAAACUCAGAAAUCCCCUGCCUCUGCCUUCAGAGUUCUGGGAUUAAAGGUGUGUGCCACCACGGCCCAGCUAAACAUUUUUCUCUUUUUUCUUUUUUUCGGAGCUGGGGACCAAACCCAGGGCCUUGCGCUUGCUAGGCAAGUGCUCUACCACUGAGCUAAAUCCCCAACCCCUAAACAUUUUUUUAAUAAUAAAAAGUUCAUAGGCUAGAGAGCUGCCCAAGUAGGAAAGGCAUUCUACAGUAAGCCUGAGGACAUGAGUUAAAUCUCAGAACCCGCAUGGUGGGUUCCACCGCUAAUUAUGCUGUUAAAAAAAAUUAAAUUGUUGAAGAUCUUUAGUGUUAUGAAAAGGUGUCAACAUAUUUGUAUAUGUAAUAUACAUAAUAUAUAUAAUACAUAUGCUAUGAAAAGGUGUCCAUAAUGUUGAGUAAAAAUAGUUUAAAAAUGGAAUUCUAUAAGCUGUAGGUGACAUAAAAACAUGGUAGGGGCUGGAGAGAUGGCUCAGUGGUUAAGGGCACUGACUGCUCUUCCAGAGGUCCUGAGUUCAAAUGGCGACAGCCACAUGGUGGCUCACAACCAUCUGUAAUGAGAUCUGAUGCCCUCUUCUGGUGUGUCUGAAGACAGCUACAGUGUAGUUAUAUAUAAUAAAUAAUUUAAAAAAAACAUGGGACGGUUCUAGAAUAAACUGUGAGAUCUGAUAACAGUGGCAUCUAUAGAAGGGAGACUGGGGGUGACAGCUGACUUUAUUAUUUAUUUAUAUCUUUAAAGUACUAAGGAUCAAAUCUAAGGCUUUAAACACUGUAGUCAAAUGCUCUACCACUCAGUCCUUCUCUCUCUCUCUCUCUCUCUCUCUCUCUCUCUCUCUCUCUCUCCCUCACACACACUCAUACACACUCAAUAUAUAUAUAUAUAUAUAUGUGUGUGUGUGUGUGUGUGUGUGUGUGUGUGUAUGUAAAAUUUCUUUUUUAAAUGUUAUUUUUAUUUUAUGUGUAUGGGUAUGUGCCUGUGUAUAUGUACACCAAUGCCAUGGAAGUCUAAAGAGAGUGUUAGGUCCUGAGAACGGAAUUACAGACAGUUGUGAGCUGCCAUGUGGGUGCUGGGAAUCAAACCUUGGUCCACUGGAAGAGCAGCCAGUACCCUUGAGUCAUCUCUUUAGUGCUGGCCCCUGUCCCCUUUAAAGGAAUGUGUAGACCAGGCUGAUCUUGAAUUCACAAACCUCUGCCUUGGUUUCCUAAAUGUUGGGAUCAAAGGUGUGCUUCUCCACUGCUAGCUUCUGGACCCAUGUUUUGUUUUGUGUAAAUUGUCUACAAUAAACAUGGCUUUUUAAAACCACCCUGCUGGCUGCAGUAACAUACAUGUGUAAUGUGUCUGAAGUAGAAGCAGGAAGAUCAGGGGUUAAAAGACAGUCUGAGCUACACACCAAGUUUCAUACCAGUCUAGACUACAUGAGAUCCUGUCUCAAAAUAUAAAAAAACAAAAAAACAAAAAUGGGCUGGAGAGAUGACUCAGUGGUUAAGAGCACUCGAUGUUCUUUCAGAGGUCCUGAGUCUUUUUGGAGACUGGGUACUUCUGUCUAUUCUAGAACUAUGUAGACUAGGUUGGCCUUGAACUCACAGUGAUCUGUCUGCUUCUGCCUCCCAAGUGCUGAAAUUAUAUCACACCUGGCUUCCUUUUUUUUUUCUUUUUCCUUUACUUUAGGGUGUCUGUUUUAUAGGUUUUCUGUAGCUGCUUUUACAAAGCAGAAAGCAAAUGAUACUUUUUUUUUUUAAAGGAAAGUUUCCUUCAAGCAUGGUAAAACAUGCCUUUGAUCCUAGUGGUCUAGGGACAGAGGUGGAUGGGAUCUCUGGGAGUUCCAAGCCAUCCUGGUCUACAUAGGAAGUUCCAGGCCAGUAAUGGUGACACAGUGAGGCCCUGUUUCAAAAGAAUAAAAAUUUAGCUGGGAGAUGGUGGUGCACGAUGCCUUUCAUCCCAGGACUGAGGAGGUAGAAGCAGGCAGAUCUCCAAGUACGAGGUCAGUCUGGUCUACAGAGUGAGUACAAGGCCAGGCAGGGCUACCCACUAAAACCCUGUAUCUAAAACAACAACAAAAAAUAAAAGUUCCCUAAGCUGAAGUCUUUCAGAAUGGCAGUAAUUCCAGUACACAAACAGAGCUAUAUUCAAUAUAUAUAUGUAGCUCUACUGUUUGCCGUGCUCUGAAAUAUAUACAUGUGGUUAUAUAUGUAAUAUGACUCUAAAGAUGUAUAUACAUGCUAGUGUUUGUUUAUGAAUAUUGCACCCAUGUUUUUCAAGUUCUACUAGUAAUACGUCUGCGCUUCCCUCGAUGUUUUCAUCUACAAAGUUUCCCAAUUAUUCAAUGUCUUGCAAUAUUGUUAUUAGAGGGUUAUACAAAAUGACUAUUAGAUAUUGGGUCUUACGUCAUAACCCCAAAUCUGCCUCACACAAAUGGUUUCAUAUAUCUAUCUGUACAAUGGAAAUAAAAAUCAAUCUAGUUUAUGUUGUGAGAAUUAACUGAAGCACCGAACAUAAGAUGCAUAGUGCAGGGUAGCAGGGAAGUGUUGAAUAAUUUAUCACUACGCUGCUCUGUGCUGUGCUAAAUACGGUAAAGUUGCAUUACAAGGUUGCUUGCUGUUGUUAUUCUCCUCCGCACCACAAGGAGCGCUGUCGCUCCCAGGCUGCUUGGCCUGAGGCUCUGCUGGCGGAAGUCUGUCUAGCUGCGGCAACUGAGACCUGGAGUAUAGCCCGCCUCUUCUCCCACGCGUGUCCGCUCCGUGAGUUCUCAUAGGCAGAUCCGGUCACAGCAACACGCAGCACCGGCUUCCUCAAUAGGCCAUCUUCCUUACGGGCGGUUUUAGUUUCGUUGGAAACCGUGAUAGAGACUUCUUCCGGGAGUCUACCGCUCUCCGUGACCUCAGAGGUACACUUCCACUUCCGGGACACGGAAGUGACCCGUCUGCCCGCCCCUUCCGUCUCUCUCUUUCCGGUGGAGGAGUCUGGAGACGACGUUCAGAAAUGGCACCUCGCAAGGGGAAGGAAAAGAAGGAAGAACAGGUCAUCAGCCUUGGACCUCAGGUGGCUGAAGGAGAGAAUGUAUUUGGUGUCUGCCACAUCUUUGCAUCCUUCAAUGAUACCUUUGUCCAUGUUACUGAUCUUUCUGGCAAGGAAACCAUCUGCCGAGUAACUGGUGGAAUGAAGGUGAAGGCUGACCGAGAUGAGUCCUCUCCGUAUGCAGCCAUGUUGGCUGCCCAGGAUGUGGCCCAGAGGUGCAAGGAACUGGGCAUCACUGCCCUGCAUAUCAAACUCCGGGCCACAGGAGGAAACAGGACCAAGACCCCUGGACCUGGAGCCCAGUCAGCCCUCAGAGCUCUUGCUCGCUCUGGGAUGAAGAUUGGGCGGAUUGGUAAGUCCCCUCUGGUUAACACUUGGGGCUGCUUUGAAGCAGUGACCCCUUCCAAACCAUGCCACAUGCCUAAUGGGUCAGCUUUGGUUGGCUUUUGUUAAGGAGCCUGUAAAAGGCAUUAUGGGAGAGAGUUCAUCUCUAAAUGGUACAGCUUUUCCCCAUCUAUGUUGGGAAAACAUUUCUGACUGAUUCAGCAGCCUUCUGUCUCUUAACCCAUGACUCCCUUGAUUGCCCUCACAUCUCUUCCCUGCUGGCCCUUUGUAACAGUGUCGCUCCUGACACCUGGUGUAAAGAGCAAACAGCCACAGCUGAUCAGUGUAGGGUCACUUUCUAUUAGAAGCAGUAGCUCUGACUUAGGAACUUGGUUUCCUGCAUCUCUGAUUGUGCACCUUCUCAGGGCCUGAGGCCCCUUCCAAAAGGGAGUUGGAAUGAGGAAUUGCUGACCAUUGGAGAUGCAUUUGGGAAAGAAUAAAGUCUACUGCUAGUUAGACUUGUGGCUACAGGCAAUGACUUUUUUUUUCCUUCUCACAGAGGAUGUCACCCCCAUCCCCUCUGACAGCACUCGAAGGAAGGGUGGUCGUCGGGGUCGCCGUCUGUGAACAGGACUUCUCAAGUUAUUUUCUGUUAAUAAAUUGCUUUGUAAGCUA